UUUAUCGGUCAUUUUCACGUACACGUCACUUGCCGGGAAAUUUUGUACCUACGUCCUCGGAUUUCCAUAAAUUUCGAGCAAAUUAACCGACAACUUGUUCGAUCGUUUGUUAUUUUCACCUACAAGUGCGUGUAGUUAUGUUUCGAGAUUAGCGCGAAAGUCCCCUGUGUUACAACGGGAGGCGCCAUUCUCUUAGCAGAACGUGGUGACUUUCAACGUCGGCUUGCUGUUUGAGAGUGCGUGAUAAUUGGUCACCCGGCUUUCCGAGCUAACGUCGAAAGUACUAUCAACUAACGUUUCGAUUGACCGCUUCUUUGCUUGGAUAAAUCGUCAAAUAACAAUAUCAAAAUGGCACACGAAGUACAGGAAAUGCCAACUUUCAAGUGUGUCCUAGUGGGUGAUGGUGGUACUGGGAAAACGACAUUUGUCAAACGACAUUUAACCGGAGAAUUCGAGAAAAAAUAUGUGGCAACAUUAGGAGUAGAAGUACAUCCCUUGAUCUUUCAUACAAAUCGAGGGGCAAUUCGAUUCAACGUAUGGGACACAGCUGGCCAAGAGAAAUUUGGAGGUCUCCGUGAUGGCUAUUAUAUUCAAGGACAAUGUGCUGUCAUUAUGUUCGAUGUUACAUCAAGAGUAACAUAUAAAAAUGUACCUAACUGGCAUAGGGAUUUGGUUCGAGUUUGUGAAAAUAUACCUAUCGUACUCUGUGGCAACAAAGUCGACAUUAAGGAUAGGAAAGUAAAAGCCAAGAGCAUUGUUUUUCAUAGAAAGAAGAAUCUACAGUACUACGAUAUUAGUGCAAAGAGUAACUACAAUUUCGAGAAACCUUUCUUAUGGUUGGCGCGUAAAUUAAUCGGAGAUCCGAAUCUAGAAUUCGUCGCGAUGCCAGCUCUUCUUCCACCUGAGGUUACUAUGGAUCCACAAUGGCAACAACAAAUAGAAAAGGAUCUCAAAGAAGCUCAAGAGACUGCGUUACCAGAAGACGAUGAAGACCUUUAGUUUGUUAUACCACGCGUAUGAUAUGAACUGGGGGCAUAGCGUACAUGAACGCACGUUACGUUCUUGUGCCUCUCGAUAGGUCGAAGGUUCUUUCUUCGAAGGAAUUAAAAUUCGCGUAAAAAAUUUUGUUCGAUACCUAACGAUAAUAACGGUAAAAAAGUUUCUGUGAUUUCAUGUUUCACGAGCUUUGUCUUAACAAAAGGAUACUGGAAUUGAACGUUGCUUUUGCGUGCAUUAGAGAUUUGUGUGCGUGAACGUGUAAAACACGUGACCUCUAAUUUUGUACAAGUAUUGGAUAAUCCUAGCAUGAACGUACUUCUUACCGGUAUGAACGUACAAUUUUGAACAAUGCAUAAAUGUGUAAAAUUUUACGCAUCGAAACUAACAAUCGUUGGAUAUUCGUCGUUCUUGGCCUCAUAUUUUUUACUCAUGUAUUACGAAUGUAUAUGCGGGCGUGCACAUAAAUAUGUUCUAUGACACGAUGGCAUUCAAUAUAUUCAACGUGUUUUUUCCUUUGAGUGAUUUAAUUUCUAUCACUGCUUUUAUCGCACCUAAAUACGAAAAUGCAGUAUGUAAUAAACUUUUGAACUAACGAGGAUGCUAUUCCGUAAAUUGUGAAACUAAAGGAUUAAUAAUUCUACAAGAAAGAAUCUUUCGAUACUCAUAAAGUGCUGAUAUUUAGAAGUCACUGUUUACGCACACGCACGCAUUCACACAUACCCACAGACACUCAACAAGAAAGAACAAUCGCGGAGUAACUGAAUCUUUACCAAACGAUAACAUAACCUUUGCUGUUAUUUCACAUCCCGAUUACGCGAUGAUGAACAAAUAAAAUAAAAAAAAAGCAUUCAUGUAUAUGUACUAAUUGAUUGAACGGUGUAGCGAAUCGUCUUUGCGAGUAAUCCGCAACAUACAGACACACUGUUGUAUUUUGAAAUAAUGUUACAAUUGUAACGAAGCGCGGUUUGUAGCCAGUUGCGUCUGUCCACGAUAAUGAGGACUGUUUACUAUUUUUAUAAGCGAAGGUGAAUGUAUGAUUUAUUCGACUUAAAUUAUAUAAACAGUGUUUUUCUUUUAUAUACAAAAAUGUUAAUUUUGUUUGUGUGACUAGAGCGGUACAUAUGUCCUUUCCUUUCUUUCCCCCCUAGUGUGUUGCAGAUGAAAAUAUAUGAGUGCACGGUGAAAAGCGUACAUACACAAUUUACCAAGGUACUUUUAGCGAUUGAAGCAAACUGCAGAAACACGAGUGAAACGUAUCGUGUGUUUCAUUGUUCUGCUCGAAGCAGCUUGUACUGGUGAUGUAUUGGAUUCAAUAAAUCGUCCUUGAACUGUU